AGAAUGCGGCGCUUUCCCCCCUCUUUUCCUGCACAGGUUUCCUCUGUAAUUCCACCGGGAAGCAUCUUCCUCAUCUUCUUCCUCUUCCUCCUCCUCCUCCCAUCCCAAAUUACACACUCAGGCUCCCCCCGCUGCCACCCUGGCGCUGCGCUCCAUGGAUGGCGUUUUCCUGUCGCCCACCGAGGAUGAGUUCGUGGGCAGGAUCGCGGAGGAGCUGGAGCACUUCAUGGUGCAGGGGCAGCAUCACCGGGUGCUCCUGUUCCCGCCCCUGUCCAGUCGCCUCAGGUACCUGAUCCAUCGGACCGUGGAAAACAUGGAAUUGUUGAGCAGCUUCUCGGUGGGAGAGGGCUGGAGGAGGAGGACGGUCAUUUGUCACUCGGCCGUCAGGCUUCCCAACGAGACCCCGAGCGACCAAAAACCUGGGACCAACCCCCCUCGGUCCCAGCGCCCGGCGCAGCCCUGGGGCCGGGGGGGCCGGGGGCUCCGGCUGCGCCACCCCGGGGACAUCCACGGGGACAACUCCUGGGCCUCCGUGGGCUCGGGCAGGAUCACGAGGCCGCCCAGGAAGAAGCCGGACAAAGCCCUGUACGUGCCCAAGGGCAUCCGGAAAAAGGCGAAUUGGAGGGAGCGGGAGAGCCCCGGCGUGGAGCCAGGCGGGGAUGCGGCUCCAGAAGGUGAAAACUGCCCCAAAAAUUCCAGUGGGGACACCCAGCUGGAGGGGGGCAAGGAUGGAGGCAGCCCUGGGAAGCAGCAGGAGCCUGGGGAAGAGAAUGUUCCAGGCAAAGGCAGCGCCGAGCGUCCUCCGUGUGAUGAAAACGCGCCAUCCUUAGGGAACAGCAGCGAUGCCCGUGAGCAGGAAAGUCGGGAUAAAGACUGUUCCCAUUCCCUGCCUUCUGGAGACGACACGCGGCCGCCUGAAGCAGGAGAGCAAGAUUUGAGCUGUGCCAACACUGGUAUUCCAGAAGGCAGCGAAUCCCAGGGCCAAACUCGAGAGGAAAACCAGCCCAGCCAGGAUGCCGGAGGGGCAGAGUGUGGGAAAAGCUCCUUCCCCUUGGAAAACCGCGGUGGCAGCUGCACAGAGCCGGCUGUGGCGGAGUUUCCGCUGCUGGAACCCCGAGGUGCUGCUGCCCAGAGCCUGGAGAGCAGCAGGAAGAAAUCCCCGCCUGCAGCCUGGGACCAGGAUUCCAGGAAUGCCGAGGGAGGCCGGAGUUUUUCCACGCUGGAAAGCCGAGAGCAGGAGAGCCCCAGCUCUGGCCAGGUGGAGCAAAAACCCCUCCAGAGCUUUGGGGAGGGCCCAGGUGAGGCUCUGGCUGCUCCUGAGCUGCUCCGUGGUGGUGGUGAUCCGUCGGCUCCGGAGGGUGCUUCCCGCGGCAGGGAGGAGGAGGAGGAGGAGGACAAGGAACACUCGGAUGUGGCCGAGGCGCUGUGGAGGGGCCUGGAUUUGGCUGCAGGUGACAGAGAGGGGACAAGGCAGAGCGGCCUCGAGGACGACUGCACAGCGGAGCUCCUGGCAGAGAUCGUUGGGAAUCUGACGGUGAAGGACGUCAGCAUCCAGAGGAUCAGCGUGGAUUAUUCCGGCUACGGCGACGCCCAGGUCAGCGAGGGCGACUUCGGCCACGUGACCGAGAUCUACGACUUCCCCUCGUCCCUGAAAACCGAGGAUCUCAUGGAAAUAUUCUCAGAUUUCCACGAGAGCGGCUUCAAAAUCCAGUGGGUGGACGAUACCCACGCCCUGGGAAUCUUUUCCAGCCUCUCCACAGCGUCGCAGGCCCUGGGCCGCCGCUAUCCCUGCCUGAAGAUCCGGCCCCUGAUCCAUGCAACGAAACAAUCCAAGAUCAAGGCACUCCAGAGACCAAAACUCCUUCACCUGGGCAAAGAGAGGCCGCAGACGGACACAGCAGUGGCCAGGAGGCUCGUAUCCCACGCGCUGGGCUGGAAGCACAGGCAGCAGGAGGCCACGGGGAUGGAAGUUUUCCAGCCAGAAUCCUUGGAUCAGGAGCAAUAACGCGGCUCAGCUCCCAGGAAAGGAGUGAAACACACGCAGAGCAGUCAGUGCCACGGGGGUGAUCCUUGAUGGAAUCAGCACCAGCUUGGAAAAGUUGGGAAUGGGGGAAGUUUCUUGUUCAAGGAGGUUUUUUUUCCGGAGCCUUGGGAGGUGCUGGAAUUCUUUGUUGGGUGUUUGAAAGCA